UUGUCUCCCUUAUCCUGUUUAUAGCCCAAAAGAAUUCAUUGAAAAACCCUAGCUUCUUCUCCUCUCUUCUCAUCCAAGCUCUAUUUUUUUCUUCCAUUCCUUGAUCUGCUUUACGUUCGUUCAAUCGAUCCAAACACAUAGCACCCACGUACUGGUUUUUGUUAGAUUCAAUUAUGUUGGCACUUUGCACGCACUCCGGUUCAUGAUCAAUGGAACCACAAAGAAAGAUACUCAGAAUCAUUACACAACGACGGCAAAGUUAACAAAAUACCUACUUGAUAGCUUUCGCGUAAUCGAUAUCGCAGUUGCUAAAGUGGAUCCAAAACAUGGAAAGAGGUCACGUCCUUUCGAAGAAGCGCAAGAGAAAGAAGAGGAGCAACCGUUCCCGUUUUAUUCUACUCGGUCCCAUCAAGACACGUUAGCCAUUGUCUCGGCCCUUGUUCAAGUCAUUGGUGGCAAUCCAGUGCAUAUAGAUCCAAUAACAGCGUCCCAAUCCAGUGCUUCAGAGAAUGAACAACUCCAACCACCACAAAAUCAAGGAAACAUAAAAAGGCACUAUAGAGGAGUGAGGCAGCGACCAUGGGGCAAGUGGGCCGCGGAGAUUCGCGAUCCUAAGAAAGCAGCGAGGGUUUGGCUUGGAACUUUUGACACUGCUGAGGCUGCUGCACUUGCAUAUGACAAAGCAGCUCUCACUUUUAAAGGAAACAAAGCUAAGCUUAAUUUUCCAGAAAGGGUUCAACUCAGUACUUCUGAAUUUGGUUACCUUACAAAUCGUCCCAAUGAUCAAUCCCAUGUGAUGUCUAGCACUGGCGGUCAUAAUGAACAAACGCAUACCCCAAAUGCUCUUGCAUCUCCAUAUCCACACUUUUCGGUAGAAACAUUUCAAUAUGCCCAACUUCAUCAAAGUGGUACUAACAACAACUACUUCAAUAAUGCUAUGCCUCGUUCCUAUGGGAGUGACACGUUUGUUUUGUCUUGUCCGUUAUCAGCUGCCACUUCGUCUUCAUCGCCAUCUUUUGAACUAUCUGAUCAAUAUUCUCAACAACAAGAACAGCUUUCGAUGCAAUUUGGAGGUUCUUCUUCUACUUCUGAGCCUUCUAGGAAUGGGACAAGUGAUUUGAAUGGUUGACGUUGAAGACUAUAUAUUUACACAUAGUCGCUCUCAAGGUCUUUUUUUUUUUUUCCUGAUUAUAUAUAUGACGCUUGCGAAUUUAGAGUCUAUUUAUUAUAUGUUUUCAAGGAAAUUAAUGUUUGUUUGAGAAUUAUGUCACCCAGCAUGCCUAAGAAAAAGAUUCAAGAGCAUUUGAGCAUGUUGCUAAUAGUUUAAUUGAGGUUUUCACAAUUAUUGAUUGCUUCUAUCAAAUCUGCAUGUAAAUAAUUUAUUUAUUAUCGUUCCAGUGUCCAUCAAAUCAAUAUUAAUGAAGCUGCAAAUAUUUUAAUAGGGAGAAAUACCAUGUCUUUGAUUAGGACUUGGCUGUUUAAGACAAUUCGGAUAAAUGCCCCUUCUAGAGGAUUUAUAAAUUGUUAUCAG